AUGUCUGGCUUGACAAUGGUGUUGGAGCGACGGAGGAGCUUCAAUGGGCGGCAUAACGAACAGCCGGGAGCGGUGAGAGGGCCGGUGGAGGACCAGGUGGGAACCAUGGGGAGGGCGGUGUCUGCAGGGGAGAUGGUGGCAGGGAGUCGGGCUCCCAGCAGUGUUGAUGCUGCUGGGCCUGUGGUGUUUGCAGGAGAUUCUACCGCUGCUGCUGCUGCUGCUGCUGCUGUUGAUGUUGAUGCUGAG